GGGAUCUAAAUGAUUAUCAAAAGAACUUUUAAACAAAUUAGUGUUGGGCGUAGAUAUAUGCAACUAUGGAAAGGAAAAAAAGUGUUAAUGGUUGCAAAAUAUUCAAGGGUAGAACGUGAACAACUUGAAAACCAAAAUAUUCCAGAAAAACAGCUAUUAAACCAGUUAAGUGCUCAAGGUGUCAAUCUUAAAACGGUGUUAGAUACACACAAUGAGCAUUAUAAUGUUGUCAAAGAAGUAAAAGCAGCUAUAAAACAAUUGGAUGUUGAAUCAAAAAUAAUAAGUUUAAAGGAUAUAAACACUACUGCAGUUUCAUGGGCUGAUGUUUUAAUUGCUAUUGGUGGUGAUGGUACAUACUUAGUUAUGUCAAGUUAUGUUCAAGAUAAUUCUAAAGAAGUUGUGGGCAUUAAUUCGAAUCCUAGUUCUUCACUCGGUUAUUUAUGUUUACCAUCUGUAUGUUCACAAAACAUUGAAAGAACCUUUGAUAUGUUGGAAAAACAAAAAUUCACAUAUAUUAACCGAACCAGAAUUAGAGUUUCUAUGAAAUGUGCUGAAAAAAAAAUUGAACCUCCUGUAAAUAUGUAUCAAGAUUUUUUAAAAAUUAAGCCAGACUCUCAUUCAACUCAUGACAUGUUGGCUCUUAAUGAAGUCUUUAUUGGUGAUAAAAUGCCUGGACGUACAUCUGAACUAGAAUGUAAAUUUGAUCAUGAUGACCCAAUAAAGAUUAAAUCAUCUGGCCUUUGCAUCAGUACUGGAACUGGGUCAAGUGCUUGGAGUUAUUCUUUAAAUAAAAUUAGCAUUGAUCAAGUUAGAAGACUUUUUAAGUAUGGGAAAGUAAAUUUAUCUAAAAAAGAAUGCGAGGAAAUGGUUAUUAGGUAUAAUAAAAGUUUAGUAUAUAGCCCUUCUUCUGAUAAACUCAAGUACACGAUAAGAGAACCGACUGGAAAAUUAUUAUGGCUUGCUGAUGGAUUAAUAACUUCUGAUGAAAUUAAAAAAGCAAUUGUUGAAAAUCAUUGUGAAGAAGGAUGUAUUAUAUUGGACGGAUUUUUAAUCUAUGUUUUUCCAAAAGGAGCUCAAGCUGUUCUUAGUUCAAAACCUGAAGAUUCAAUUAGAUCUGUUUGGAUAACAGACCAUGAUUUAAAAAACUGACCUACCAUGAAGUAGUUUAUAUUAAAUCAUUUUUACAAUUAUAUGUAUUUUUUUAUUGUCCUCAAAUUAAAAAAUGACUCUCCUGAAUUUGUUUUAAAAAUAAUUUCAUUGUCUGUCAAUUAUUUCUAAAAUAUAACCUAUCAUUAAGGAGUUAAAAUUAUAUGAAAAUUAUGUAAUUCAUUGUUUAAUAAUUUUGUUGUGAACUUAUAUUAUAUAAGUUUAUGUUGCAAGUCAAUUGAUUAUAUUCAAUGUGGUUUAUAUCAGAAUAAAAAUAUAUAACUGAAUGUUAAUUAUAAUAAAUUCGAAGAUAUUAAUUAAUAAUGACAUAAUAGUAUUUAAUGAUUUAGUAUGACUUUAACAUUGUAUUUUAUUAUAUAAAUUUUUAAAUAUAUUUAUACACAGGGUAAUUUACUAAGCAUC